AUGGAAGCCAAACGAACAAAGCAUGACUGUGGCGUGUCGCUGCCGGAGGACAUCGUCUUCGACGUGCUAACCAGGUUGCUGGCGAAGACCCUGUGCCGAUUCCGGUGCGUGUGCAAGGGUUGGCGCGCCCUCAUCUCCGAUCCUGCCUUCGUCGCCGCGCAGAGAUCCCGCGCCGCCGAUCCGCACCUCGUCGGCGUGUUCUCAGGAUCCCGCCAUCUGGCGGAGGUGCGGGUGAUAGACAUGGACAGCAACGUCGUCAAGGCGUUCAAGAUCACGGGGAGCACACCGCAGCUGCCCACGCGGCCGGACCUCAUCUGCGCUGACGGAAGGGGAUUACCGUACCACGGUGGCAUGAUCAUCGAUCUGGCGCCCGGGCGAGCGUUCGCCGCCUUUGGCACGACAGAUCCAACUCCAUGGGCCAUGACCUACACCUACUCCACCAUCCUUGGCCGUGCCACUCCGUCUGGCGUCUUCAAGGUCCUCCGCCUGCAGGUAUCUUUCCAGAGGGACGACGACGAUGGCGGCAGCCACUAG